CUAUAGUAUAUAACAUGUUCUCUCCUCGCGCUACCCAUUUCGUUUCUGUUUUCGCCUUAGUUGCACCUUGGUUGAAAUUGAAAGCGCUCGCUUUCAUUCGAGAAGAUGAGUCGACAUCCUUCUGUUAAGUGGGCACAAAGGCCUGACAAGCUUUACAUAACCAUUGAUUUGCCGGAUGCUCAGGAUGUGAAACUUAAGCUGGAGCCUGAGGGCAAGUUUUUAUUCUCCGCGACCAGUGGAGUGGACAAGGUUCCUUAUGAACUUGACCUCGAUUUGUUUGACAAAGUUGACGUAAAUGAGAGCAAAGCUAGUGUAGGCUUGAGAAAUAUUCGUUACCUCAUAAAAAAAAAUGAGGACAAAUGGUGGAGCAGACUGUUAAAGCAGGCAGGAAAGCCUCCCGUGUUUCUGAAAGUUGAUUGGGAUAAAUGGGUUGAUGAGGAUGAAGAGCAUGAAAAUAAUAAUAAUGAAGUUGAAAACGAUAUGGACUUUGGAGACUUGGAUUUUUCGAAGCUGAACAUGGGUGGCGGUGGUGAAGGUUUUGAUGGCUUAGAUGGCAAUGAAGAACUUGAUGGAUUAGAUAGUGACGCCGACGAUGAUGAUGAGGAUGAUGAUAGUGACACUGACGACGACAGUGAUGAACAAGCAUCACCUGCCGCUGAUGAACAUGAAAAAGUUUCAUCGGGUGUCGAGCCUACGCCUAAAGCUUGAAUCUUGUCACCCAUCAAAGUUUGGAUACCAAAUCUGUCCAUGUUUUGAUGCCAACCUUGGAAAUAUUGAAUGUUCCAAGGAAAAAGAUGUUCUUUCUUUUUCUUUUCUUUGAGGGGGUGGAAGGGAUUAUGAUCAAUGGUGUUUGGAUGGUGGGUUUUGAACAGAGAGAAAACUCUAUACCAUAUUCACUGAAUGUUUUGUUAUGUGAAUGUCUCUUUACUACUAGAGGAAGAUUGGUAAUAACUCUCCUAAGAUACUAAUACUAACACUGAUAUAAGAAAGAAUUGGUGUGAUUCUGUUUC